UGCUAAUAUAGUUUAUUGCUCUUGUAAUAGAUGGCUUGUCAGUCCUGGAAUUGUAGAUAUCCUAAAAUUAAAGGCUAUUUGUGUAUUAAUGAGGAUAGAAAACCUUUUCACAUGGCAGCAGAAGAAAUAUACAUUUCAAAAGUGGCUUUGGGGUGACUAGUUUGCCUAAAAUUUUCCAGAGCUAUUUCAGCUAUGUGAAAUAACUCUGGUAAAAUGCUGUGGCCCUCAUGUUCUGGUUCACAAUUAAAUGAAGCCCAAGUGGGAAUAACUGCAUUUGCUUGCACUCAUUCAAGGUUAUCCUUACCUCCCUUUCUCCUCCUUCUCUUUGUGUAUGUUAUGCCCUCCCCUACCUAAAAUUUAAAUCCUUGGGACAAAUGCCAAAUUUGUUAACUCUAUACAUUAUGUAAUACAUGGAUAUAUAUUUACAAAUGCAUAUUCAAUUAAUAAUAAAUAAGUUACAAAACAGUUAUUUCCUCACAAAGGUUGCAAGAGUUUCCUGUGAACUUCAUUGAUGAAGAAAUUUCCUCUCCUGACAUAUUAGUUUCUGCAGAUUGUGCUCUUUUUGUUCUUCUGCAUUUUAUGCAAAUUGUAGAUAGGCCUUUUCUAGCUCCAGAAUUUGUAAGCAAAGAAAAAGUGGGGGGAGGGUUUGCAGUAAAACUGUAUUAAUGGUAGCCUAAUGGUCCUGAGGUUUUUCUAAUGAAGUUUUACUAAAUCCAAGCAAGCAGGAAAAAAAUCUGCAGUGGUUUUUAAUAUCUGGUUCUAAGGCUCUAAUGUGCCCCCAUAUCCUUCACAGGAAAACUAGUGGGCAAUAUAACAAAUAUAUUCACUCAUUUAAUUUUUGUUUGCAAGACUUUCAGGUUUACUAGCCUAGGGCUGAUCUAAGAAAUGGAAAAAUUCAACACCUAGUUGCUGAAAGAAAAGCCUUUAUAAUGGAAAGGUAUAAAGAAUGCAUGUUAUAGUCAGAGUUCAUAUUCUGCCUUUAAUUACACAUUCACAAUUCUGUCUUCUUGUAUCUAUUAUGUGCACAAGUGAAUGUGCUACUAUGGUACAUUCUUGGAAUCCAACUAUGCAUCAUAAGACAAGAGGUACUUUUUAAUCUCAUUUCAAAGUAGAACACAUCAGUUCUCUCUUAUUAUUCAGGUGAGGCAUGAGUACACAACAGUGAAAUUAAUAAUAUGUAGCUUUUCCAAAAACUAUAUAUUCUAAAAACCCAGCAGGAAUAGUUUCCCUUUGUUAUCUUUGAAAGGUGGUAGUGAAAAGAAGUCUUGGCAGUCUUACAUUUUAAACUUAAAUAUUGGCUUGUGGGGUGGGGGGUUGCUGACAGAUACAUCAUAAAUCUUGAAGUUGUUCUAGAUUAAACUUUUGUCCUUGUUGACAGUCUUUUUGUUUAGAAGUACACUGUUACCUAAAUAACAUUACAAAAGCAUGAAAGCCUUUAUGUAUGGAAGGGAACAAGAGCCAAUAUGACUGAAGCAGGCAUAUGCACACUGUGGCAUGGAUUACUCACCAGCUAUUUUCAGUUACUUCACAACACCUUUCCAUCCAAAGUCCUCUGGCAUGUACAGACAUCUUAGUGGAAGAACAGAAAUCUUUCAGUUAAUGGUAGGCUUUGGGGCCCAGAAGCAGUGUAAUUCUGAUUCAGUGCCCGGCAUGAAGUGAGAAACUCUUCCAAGAUGACUUAGAGGAGAAGGGGAUAGCAGUGCUAGCUUGUGAAAGAUGCAUGAAUAGCUGAGGGAGUGGGGUUGCCAGCGAUAGCAGACUUUAUGGGUCUCUGGGUUGUAGUUUCAUAACAACACUGGAACAAUAAGGUGUCACUUGCUUUUUUUACUGAUUUUAUUGCAGUUUUCUCUGCCAUUUUCACAUUCCCUGUCUUCCUAUAAAUGCCUUACCAUGAAUGAGAUGUGUUUACAGUGCCUAGUAAACUAGUGUAACUUCGAAGAUAAUGCUUCACUGUUCAUAUGUGACCGAUGUAUAAAUUGUUAAAAAUGCUGUACUUUUCCAUUCAAACACAAUGGGAGGUAGUAAUUUCAGAGGUUCCUUACUAGCAAUGGUGUAAACUUUGUACAAGGUUUUCUGAAAUUUUCCAUUGCCCUAAUUGAUACUGACCUGGUCUAGUAUGAUUGAUUUACAUGGAUUUUUUUUUAAAAAAGAAACCUUUAAAAGUUUCAUGUUAACAUGUUAUAAACAUCUGAAAUGUUUCCCUAACUAGAAAAAAAGCAGCUGAACUGAAAUAUUUAUGUGGAGAAUAACUCAAGUGGGAGACUUUGAUAAAAUCUGGCGUGAGCAUUGUGAAGAUGAAGAAACUCUUUGUGAAUAUGCUGAGGCAAUGAAAAACCUGGCAGAUAAUCAUUGGACUAAAACUUCUGAAGGAGAGGGCCGCAUUGAAUGGUGCUGCAGUGUUUCUCGGGAAUAUUUUCAAAAUGGUGGACAACGGAAAGCACUGGAAAAGGAUGAGAAAAGAGCUGUACUUGCUUCUAAAGGUGUUCAAUCCACAAGUGUUCAGUCAACUGCAAAAACAGAAGAUUCUUCUGAAAGUUCAAACAAUUGUUCUGUAAUGGAUGAAUUGCUACAUCCUUCAGGAAAGAUCAGAUUACUUGAUGUUGGUAGCUGUUUUAAUCCAUUUUUGAAGUUUGAGGAAUUUUUGACUGUUGGCAUUGAUAUUGUUCCAGCUGUUGAGAGUGUCUACAAAUGUGACUUCUUAAACCUUCAGAUUCAGCAGCCUCUUCAGCUUGCACAAGAUGCCAUUGAUGCUUUUUUGAAACAGCUGAAAAAUCCUAUUGAUUCUCUUCCUGGAGAAUUAUUCCAUAUUGUGGUUUUCUCCCUUCUCCUUUCUUACUUCCCAUCACCUUAUCAACGAUGGAUAUGUUGCAAAAAAGCUCAUGAACUGCUUGUACUAAAUGGAUUGCUGCUUAUUAUCACUCCUGACUCUUCCCAUCAGAAUCGCCAUGCUAUGAUGAUGAAAAGCUGGAAAAUUGCUAUAGAAUCCUUGGGCUUUAAACGUUUCAAAUAUUCCAAGUUUUCUCAUAUGCAUCUCAUGGCAUUUAGGAAAAUUUCACUUAAAACAACAAGUGACUUGGUGAGCAGGAACUAUCCAGGGAUGUUAUACAUCCCCCAGGAUUUCAACAGUAUAGAAGAAGAGGAAUUUUCUAAUAAUUCCUGCUAUAUCCGAUCAGAUGCUGAAGAUGAACAACUGGCCUACAGCUUUAUGGAGCUUCCAGAUGCUCCUUAUGACUCUGACUCUGGGGAAAGCCAGGCCAGCUCUAUCCCUUUUUAUGAGCUAGAAGAUCCUAUAUUGCUUCUAAGUUAAUGUAUUAAAAUCUGCUUCAGAGUCCAAACUCCCUUUACUGUAAAACUAACUUUGCUAAACUGACAUCUGCUCUGCACAUAAAGUAUUUGAAAAAAGAAAAUGCAAAAGGGUUUUGAGAACUGUCACUAUUUUUUUCUACUUACGAAUUUUAAAAUUUAUUCUUGUAUUGAAAGUUGAAGUGUGUUUUAUGCAGAAUGGCUCAUGUCAUAGCAUAAAUAGGGUUUACUUUAAUACUUGUAUUGGUAAAAUACUCCAGAAAGGUACCAUUUCCCCAUCCCUCAAGUGCUGUGAACUGUGAUUGUUCAAAAUAUACUGAUGUAUCUUGGUUUAAUAUUUUAAUCUUGUUAUGGUUAAGGUUCCAUGUUAGCAUUUCUCAGACAUUUGUGCAGAAAGAUAAUAUGCACUGUUAAAUGUCUAAGAAAGAUUGGGUAGCAUUUGACUUGAACAAAAAUAUAGAAUGAAGUUCUGCUUGACUUAAUUUUGAUCUGGUAAAAUGAAAAUGUUUUCAAAGUGGCUCACUUAAAUUGUUUUUAAUACUACAUUUGUCUGGAGAUUAGAUCCUCGUAUCCUUGCUCCGUUUGUGGAAUGAUACAUAACAUGCUGGCCUAAACAGAUUUUUUUUGUUCAUUUCAGAGCUAGGGUAUUUUUGUUGUUUUUUUAUUCUGCCAACAUACUCCACACUGCUCCUUUUCCUAGUAUCUUUUCAUUCAAAGCAUUUUGCAAUAAAGUACUUGAGUAGGAAAAUCUAGGUUACAUUGUCGUGACUGGAAAUCUUAGAUUAUAUGAAAUCAGCAGAGCAUUGAAUUGGGCCUCAUUAUCCUUCAAAAACAUUUAAGAUUUGUUAAGAUGACCCAUCAAGUGGAAGAUUCCUGAAUGCUUGGAGGGUAGGCCAGCUGGCUGGCUGGACAGCUAAACAGCAUAAUACCCUUAAAAACGGUUUCAAAUUUAGAAGCUAAACUUUAGUGGUAGUUACAAAAAAAAAAUUACAAGUUAAUCUAUAAUGGAACAGUCUCCUUUUUAACUCUGUUUAAUAACCACACUAACAUUUUUCCCUUUUUAGCUGCACCAGAAUUUUUGAGCACCUGUAGUUAAUGAUGAUUUUCCUAUUUACUAACUGAUUAAAGACACUUGUAUUUGCAUGUCUGAAUGUGAAUUUAGGCUGCUGCAAGUUGGAAUAUUCAGCAAAACCACAGUGUUCUAAAAAUGCAGUGUUACAUUUACCCAGAUGACUCUCUUUUCAGCCACCAUUGAUUGCUUUACUAUAAAGCUUGAAAAGUAGGACUGUGUGUUGGGAGAGGUGUUAAAUAAGUGCAAAUUUUACACUUUCACCAAAGUUUUUACUGAAGUUUCUGUACGGACUUCUGAACUUGCUUUUUACAUACUGCAUUAAGUAGUUUUUAUACACAACUUCCAUAUGUUGUAGUGUUGCUUUGUAUUUAAACAUGUUUUUGUAUUUCUUGCAUGUAACUACUUUUUUUUUAAUCUCAUGGAUGAUCAAAACUGAUUGCCUGCAGUAGCCAUAGUACAGUUAUGCUUAAAGUACAACCUAAUGACUCAUCCUAAGGUAGCCAUCUAACAAAGCAGUCUGAACCAGUUCUAAGUCUUGGAGCACAAGAAGAGACACACUGUUAGGGAUGCAAGGCCAAGCUAUCCAUUUCUGCCUAUCUUACCCUUUCUUUCCUCCACCUUUUGCCUUUCUUAUUAGUGAUAACUUUAUGUAAAGGGUAGAAGUAGCUUUCAUAAAUUUCCUCCCCUCCACUCACACACGGUUACACUCUCCCUCUCCCCCACCCUGCCCUUUUUCAGGGGGUAAAAACAUCCCUUUAAUAGCACUCCUAUGCUUAGAGGUUUUUCUUACAGCAAAACUGUGGGCAGCUGCUACUGAUGGUGCUGGGAAGCAGACCUGUCCAAGAUGACCUUUGGAAUUCCACCUCUGUAUCCUGUCCUUGCUGUGCAGCUCUUAAUUUUCCAUACUGUAACUGUGAUUGUUUUGGCUAGCCCUUGAUUAAAAAAUUUCAUUGUUACAAUACGAACAGUACAGCCACCAUGCCAGAGUUGGUCGGGAUGAGCGGUAUAUGUAGUGACAGCCAAUCUUGCAAGAAGGCAGGUGCCACUUUGUAUGUAUGAGACGGUGGCUUUUCAGAUUGCCAUUGAACAAAAUUUGUUGCUUAUUAAACAAAUAGAAAGGUUGCCUACAUCUAACGCUAACCAUGUUUUCACAAGACAUUAAAGGCUUCCUAGUUUUCUUUUAGAAUUGUUGGAAUAAUUAAAGCUAACAUGUUGGUGCUAUCCUUUUUCUCCUUACAAAAUGCUGUUUACUACUCCAGUGUGCAUGAUGUGCUGUUCAAUAUUAGCAAACAACCUCCCUCCCAUACUGUAGAAUUCUUUAGUACAAUGCAUUUGUUAUGUUGUGUGCAUUAAUGUCAUUGUUUUCCCACUCAUUCAGAUCCUGGAAUCUAGGUCUUGAUGUAUGUAGAUGAAAUAGUUAAAAAUCUGAAUGGUAGGAGUUGGCCAGUAAUACCUGAUGGCUUGGUGAAAUUGUUAUGGGUCUUUUGUUUGCUUCUGGUGUUUUUUGUUUUUGUUUUUUUGUUUUUUUGAGUGCCCUAAUAGAUACUUAUUUCAAAAUGAUUUUUCUUCAGAAGUAAUAGUUGUCUGUAUUGUGUAUUUUUUAAGGGAUUCCUUGCUGUUUCAUUUAUAAAAGUCUCUGGUGUCUCACUAGAAUUGCAGCUGUCAAGGCAGUUGUAUAGAUCUGGAAAACUUAAGAUUCUAGGAUUAACUGUGUGGACGAAGAUAUCCAGUUUUAUGCAAGGAUGGACAUAUACCAAUAAUCUUUGCACUUGGUUUUUCUUCAUUACGUUCUGUGAGAACACAUUAAAAGAAAAAGUAAAACA